AUGAGUGUCAUCAUCGCCAUCUCCUACAAGCACCUGCGCCCGUACCUGAUUUUCGCAUGGAUGUGCUUCUUCCGUCCGAUUGGCAAGAAGGAGGCUGAUCAGCGGCAGAGACUGGACAGCUUCUAUGCAGGACAGGCCGAUGUGUAUGACGCCACGCGUCACCGGCUGUUGCGCGGAAGACAGACCUUACUUCGUCUAUGUGCAGCACACAUUCGCCACAUGAAGAAAGAGAAUCCCACAAAGCCCCUGGUUUGGGUCGACAUUGGCGGCGGCACCGGAUUCAACAUUGAGGAGAUGGACAGCUAUUUCCCAAUCAAGGACUUCGACAGCGUGUAUCUCAUCGACCUGUGCGAACCGCUGCUCGACGUUGCUCGCCGACGAUUCGCCGCGCGGGGGUGGAAGAACGUGCAGGUGCUCUGCCAGGACGCCACGUUCUUUAGCCUGCCCGAGUGGGACAACAACCUCGUCAGCGCCCGGGGUGCCGUCAGCGUGUUCACGCUCAGCUACUCGUUGUCGAUGAUCCCUUCCUAUUUCGCGCUGCUCGACCGCAUCGACGAACUGCUCGACCCGGCCGGUCUGCUGGGUGUGGCUGACUUUUACACGUCGUCGAGGGCGAGUACGCCGCUCGAGCGCGCUAUUGGCAAUGGCAAUGAGCGCCGUACUGGGUUCUUUAGUCGGUGGUUCUGGCAGAUAUGGUUUGAUCUCGACCAUGUGUCUUUGUCUUCUGCGCGUCGCGAGUACUUGGAAUACCGCUUUGGAACGUCCUACAAUGGGCGGAACCACAUGAUCCCUUGGCUAGUCCAAAUCCCCUACUACGUCUUCCUCGGCUGCUCGCGCUCGCGCUCGACGGCACGCGCGUUCAAGGCAUUCGAGAUCGAGGCGGGCAACAUCGUAGGCUCGGGGCACAUUACGCCGCUACACUCACCGCCCGCAUCACCGAUGAGUCCGACGCCGUCCUUCUUUUCGAGCGUGACAGCCGUCGACAUGCCUGAACUCGAGCUUAGACCUAGUGCUCUCGAGGACAAGCUAGCGAAGCAGAACAGGCUCGCGUUUCCACUGUCGUCGUUCCACUAUCAGAACCGCUACUGGCGGCUGCCCUUCCUCGAGCAGAAGGAGCACGGCAAUUUCAGGACGUGGAUCUACGGCUUUACGGUGCGCAUAUACCUGGUUUGGGAAGACCCGGAAGUUGAUAUGCAACACUUGAACCUCACUCGUGAAGACUCGCUCUUCGUCAUUACGUCAGCAGGCGACAAUGCGCUGCACUACGCGAUAAGCGCUCGCCCGCGGAGGAUUCACUGUGUCGAUAUAAACCCCUGCCAGGGCCACCUCCUGGAGCUGAAGCUCGCGGCCGCCUCCGCAUUGACGUAUGACGAAUUCUGGGCGAUGUUCGGCGAGGGCUACAUCGCAAACUUCGAGGAGAUCCUCGACCUGAAGCUCUCCCCGUUCCUGUCCUCGGUCGCCUACCAGUUCUGGCGCGCGAACGCGAACGCGUUCCGCUCGGGCUUCCACACGUGCGGGUACUCGGGGCAAGCAGUAUGGAUCUCUAAGUGGGCGUUCAGGCUCGGUGGUGUGCGCCGCUGGGUCGCGCGCAUGGCCGACGCCGAAACAGUCGAGGAGCAGGGACGCAUCUGGGACGAGCACCUCCGCCCAGUGCUCCUCUCUCCAUGGUUCGACAAGCUCUGCCUCACGAACCCGAUCUUCCUCUGGAACGCGCUCGGCGUGCCGAGAAACCAGAUGAACUGCUUCCUUAAGGAGGGUGUCUCAGCGCUGCAGUACGGUGCGGAGACGUUUGAUCCCAUUGCACAUAAAACACACAUGCGUACCGGAGCCUACCACUACCUUCUGUGCCUCUUGGGUCGCUACACUCAUGAAUCGUGCCCUCUCUUCCUUAAGCGCGAAGGUUUUACUGCGCUCAAAGAAAAUAACUGCGAGCUGCUCGACUCCUUCCGCUUGCACACCGACUCCAUCAUGAAUGCACUGCAGGGUCUUGCUGAUGGCUCUAUCACCAAAAUGGUCGUCAUGGAUCACAUGGACUGGUUCGACCUUAACGACCCUUCAUCACAGGGCCCCGGCUGCCCGGUCGAUGCCGAAAUCUCACAGAUGCAUCGAGCCUUGAGCGAGGGCGGCGCCGUCUAUUGGCGCUCUGCUGCGCGGGAGCCAUGGUACAUCAAGAACUUCGUGAACAAAGGCUUCGAGGUCGAGGCAUUGGGUAUUCGGCAGCAUGGCGGAGCACCUAUUGAUCGGGUGAACAUGUACGCGAGCUUCUACCGCGCGGUCAAGCUUUAA